AUGUUAAAGUUUUUGUUGGCCUGUGUUAUAUUGAUACCUUUAGUAAAUUCAUGGUGAGCCGUUCAAAGUUCUUUAUUUGUACUUUCUUUUAUUAUAAUUAUUUAUUGUCAUCACGACUUUGGUAAUUAUAUAAUAGGAUGGUGUUUUAAUUUAGAUUCUUUAGGUUAUAUUUUAAUUUUAUUAAGUUUUUGAAUUACGAGUCUUGUGGUUUGUUCUAGACAAAAAGUGUUAAAAGAUAAUAAUUAUCCUUCUCUUUUUUUGGUAGUUAAUAUCUUUCUUUUAUUUUUUCUAGUAAUAACUUUUUCUGUAAAUGAUUAUUUACUAUUUUAUAUUAGUUUUGAAAGUUCUUUAAUCCCUACUUUAAUUCUUAUUUUAGGGUGGGGUUAUCAGCCUGAGCGGUUACAAGCAGGAGUAUAUAUAUUAUUUUACACUUUAUUUGCUUCUUUACCUUUACUAGUAUCUUUAAUUAGAUUAUACAACAUGAGAGGUAGUUUAACACUAGGAUUGGUUGAAAGUGUAAAAGGAGUGGGAUUCAUUCCUUGUGUGUGGUACGUAGUUACUGUUUUUGCGUUUAUUGUAAAAUUACCUAUAUUUUUGGUUCAUUUAUGGCUGCCAAAGGCACACGUAGAGGCCCCAGUAGCAGGAUCAAUAAUUCUUGCAGGGGUGUUAUUAAAAUUAGGAGGUUAUGGUUUAAUUCGAGUAUUACCUUUAUUUAGAGAAGUUAAUAAAAGCUUAUCUUGGUUGUGAGUGAGAAUCAGGUUAGUAGGAGGAGUAGUUGUAAGUUUGAUAUGUUUACGUCAGGUAGAUAUAAAAGCUUUAAUUGCUUAUUCUUCGGUAGCUCAUAUGGGACUUGUUUUAUCUGGACUUGUAGUGUUUGGUUGAUGAGGGUUAAAUGGUGCUGUAGUAGUAAUAAUUGGCCAUGGAUUAUGUUCUUCCGGUUUAUUUUGUUUAGCGAAUAUAGUAUAUGAACGAGUAGGGAGUCGAAGUUUACUUAUUAGUAAGGGUUUGAUUAAUUUUAUACCUAGAAUAGCAUUAUGGUGAUUUCUUUUAAGUGCGGGUAAUAUAGCAGCUCCUCCUACUUUAAAUCUUUUAGGAGAAAUUAGUUUAAUCAUUAGAGUUGUAUCUUGAAGAAAAGUAACAAUGUUGUCUAUUGCUUUAUUAUCUUUUUUUAGAGCCGCCUAUACUUUGUAUAUAUUUUCACUAAGACAACAUGGUAAAUAUUAUAGAUCUUUAUUUUCGUGUUGUUCUGGUAAGGUUCGUGAAUAUUUAAUCUUAAUAUUACAUUGGCUACCUUUAAAUGUACUAAUUUUAAAAAGAAGAACAAUUAUAUGUAUUUUAUAA